AUGUCAGAACCCAGCGUUCGCCGUCGUAGAGCACACGAGUCACAGCAUGAUGCCCGAACCGACGACCGAACGCCCAAAGUCAAAUUCCCUACGCGUCAAAUCGCUAUCGACCUGGACGACCGGAAUAUGUACGUCGACUGUUCGAUCAAAGAGCUGUUCUGGUACAUUUUGUUCUUCGUGUUGCUCAUCGUCUCCUGUUCCGGCAUGUACGCGUACAAGGUGCUCGCCGUCGACGAUGAAAUUUCCUUAUUGUUUCUGGGCACCCAGUUUCAGUUGACGCUCGAAAGUCCGGCUUUGAACUACCACAACAUUUACACCAGAACACAUUUUUGGAAGUAUUGCGAAAACGUGCUGUGCGAAAAACUGUACGGAAUUUACGGCGGUAAGACUAUCGACGACAAAUCUACCAGUGGUGUCUUAAAUAAUAGACUGCUUUACGCGCCCAGAAUCAGACAGGUUCGAGUAAAAGGGCAACCCUGUCGAGACGGCAAAAGAAUAAACUAUUUUUUCGACACUUGUUAUGCACCGUACACGAUAGACACUGAAGAUAAAAGUAACUUUGGCAGCGAAAAAUGGAAUUAUUCGACCGACGAAGUAACUCAGGCUACAAAACACCGUGGAAAAAUCUCCAACUACGGAGGCGGUGGCUAUUACUUCGACUUCCCGAAAAGUAAAAACGAGGCCAUAUCGUUGUUGAAAAACCUUCAGGACAAGUCGUGGGUGGAUCGUGGCACGAGAGCAAUUUUUGUCGAUUUUGCCAUUUACAACGAAAUCAACAAAAUCGUUUCCACCGUCAAACUAAUAUUGGAAUGUCCGGCGGCGGGCAACAUCAUAGCUACGUCUCACGUGAAAACCGCUCAAGUCUACAACUACAUAGUGGCCGACUCGUUGAUCGUGAUCGCAGCCCUGACGGCCGUCUUGGUGUUCUUUGUCUACUACACCGUGGCGGAGCUGUUCGAAUUGGCGUACUUCCGACUUGGCUACUUCACCGUGUUCUGGAACCUGAUAGAUUUGAGCAUAAUAUGCCAAGGAUGGUUUUGCACGUACAUGAUCGGGUUGAUAUUGAUAACGGAAAGCAAAUCGAAAAUCAAGAGUACCGCGGCAUCCGGCGAGGGCUACAGGUUUUUCAGCGACUUGGUAGACAGACACGUGACGCUCAUGUUGAUGGUGUCCUACUUGUUCUUCGUGGCUUGCAUCAAGAUCAUCAAGUACUCCGACCUGACCAAAUACACGACCAUCAUAUACUUGAGCAUGGACAGGGUCCAAUCGUUUUCCACACCGGGAUCCGCCUUCGAGUCGGCCAUGAAAAUACUGAUGAGAGAUUUUGAAUUCCGCACCAUCGAGCUCAUUGACGAAAAGCUAAUGGUCAUGUUCUUCAUCCUGUUGACGUUCGUCGUGAUUUACAUUCUUCUGAUCAUGUUGGUGGCGAUCGUGUCGCACGCCUAUCUCAAUUUGGACGUGGAAGAACUCAUUGGCGACCGGAAGCAUUUCGUCUGGGACCAGGCUCGCGAAGACGGUCUGCUGAGGCGCAUUGGCUUCGGCAAAUGGGCGGAAAAGCGCAAGGACGACAGGAUGAAGUAUAAGCAUAACUACAUCAGCUAUCGCGAGGCUCGCAGUCUGCUAAAACGUUGCAAUUUCUCCGACCAGGAAGCGGAAGCUCUGCUGAAACGAUUCGACAUCGAACCUCAGAAAACUGUGCACGAAGACGAGGCCAAGCAGAUAUUCAACGACUUGUCCAAGAAGCUGAAAUCGUUUGGAAACAAAGACGGUACCGACGGAAAGACCGGCAACGUGUCGCUUGUCAAAAGAUUAAAGGAUUACGAAGAAUUGAUAGCCAACGCGAUUGAAGAAAUUAAUGCAUCGCUGAACUUGGUAUCGACCCGUUCGAAGUCGGUUCGCACCAAGUGAUCGACAAGUUAAUGAAGAAAGCACAGAUUGCGCCUUUGCUUUCCUUCUGCCAUUUUUUUUUUUUGUUCGUUUGAUGAUUGA